AUGGGGGGCUGGUGGCGGCUGCUGCUGCUGCUGGGGGGGCUCGGGCGGGGCGCGGCGGGGGCGGCCAACGGGAGCCACGCGGCGGAGCUGCGCUGCAAGCGCGCCGCGCCCUGCGAAGCCCUCCGCCAGAGCGCCUGCCUGGGCUCGCCGCUGCCCUACGCCGCCACCUCCACCCUUCUGGCCGACGACUCCCACUCGCAGGCCGAGGCGCACGACAAGCUCCUCCUCUGGUCCGGUUUGCGAAAUGCCCCCCGCUGCUGGGAUGUCAUCCAGUCCCUCCUGUGUGCCGUGUACAUGCCCAAGUGUGAGGAUGGCAUGGUGGAGUUGCCCAGUCAGACCCUGUGCCAGGCAACGCGGGGGCCCUGCACCAUUGUGGAAAGAGAACGCGGCUGGCCCGAUUUCCUGAAAUGCACCAUAGACCGCUUCCCGGAAGGAUGCCCGAAUGAGGUCCAAAAUAUCAAGUUCAACAGCUCGGGCCAGUGUGAGGCCCCCCUGGUGCGGACCGACAACCCCAAGAGCUGGUACGAGGACGUCGAGGGUUGCGGAAUCCAGUGCCAGAACCCCCUCUUCACGGAGAAGGAGCAUCACGAAAUGCAUGUCUACAUUGCUGCCUUCAGCUUGGUGACCAUCUUCUGCACCUUCUUUACCUUGGCCACCUUCGUAGCCGACUGGAAGAACUCGAACCGCUACCCGGCCGUCAUCCUCUUCUACGUCAACGCCUGCUUCUUCAUGGGCAGCAUCGGGUGGCUGGCGCAGUUCAUGGACGGGGCCCGCAGCGAGAUCGUGUGCCGGGCGGACGGGACCAUGCGCUUGGGAGAACCGACCUCCAACGAGACCCUCUCCUGCGUGAUCAUCUUCAUCAUCGUCUACUACUCCUUGAUGUCAGGGGUGAUCUGGUUUGUCAUGUUGACCUACGCCUGGCACACGUCCUUCAAGGCCCUGGGCACCACCUACCAGCCGCUGGUGGGCAAGACCUCCUACUUCCACCUCGUGACCUGGUCGAUCCCUUUUGUCCUCACGGUCGCCAUUUUAGCGGUCGCUCAGGUGGACGGAGACUCCGUCAGCGGCAUCUGCUUCGUGGGGUACAAGAACUACCACUACCGGGCAGGUUUCGUGCUGGCCCCCAUCGGACUGGUGUUGAUUGUGGGAGGCUAUUUCUUGAUCAGAGGCGUGAUGACCCUCUUCUCUAUCAAGAGCAACCACCCCGGUCUUCUGAGUGAGAAGGCAGCCAGCAAGAUCAACGAAACGAUGCUGCGACUGGGGAUCUUUGGCUUCUUGGCCUUUGGCUUUGUGUUCAUCACCUUCGGCUGCCACUUCUAUGACUUCUUCAACCAGGCAGAGUGGGAGCGCAGCUUCCGGGAGUACGUCCUCUGCGAGGCCAACGUCACCAUUGCGACUCAGACCAACAAGCCGAUCCCCGACUGCGAGAUCAAGAACCGGCCCAGCCUCCUGGUGGAGAAGAUCAACCUCUUUGCCAUGUUUGGGACUGGCAUCUCCAUGAGCACCUGGGUGUGGACCAAAGCCACCCUCCUCAUCUGGAAGCGCACCUGGUGCAGGCUGAUGGGCCGGAGCAGCAACGAGCCCAAGAGGAUCAAGAAGAGCAAGAUGAUCGCGAAGGCCUUCUCCAAGCGGAAGGAGCUGCAACACAACCCCCAGCAGGAGCUCUCCUUCAGCCUGCGCACCGUCUCGCACGAGGGCCCCGUGGCUGGCCUGGCGUUUGACAUCAACGAGCCGUCGGCCGACGUUUCCUCCGCCUGGGCGCAGCACGUCACCAAAAUGGUGGCCCGGAGGGGAGCCAUCUUGCCUCAGGACGUCUCCGUCACUCCCGUGGCCACUCCUGUGCCCCCCGAGGAAAGGGCCAAAUUGUGGCUGGUGGAGGCCGAGAUCUCACCCCGGCUGGAGAGGAAGCUGCGCCACAAGAAGAAGAAACGCCGGAAGAAGAAGGAGGUGUGUCCCGAGAGGCCGGCUGACGAACACUACGACGUCCCGGACGUGGAUUACUUCGCCCCGAGAGGCCUCAGCUCCGUCCCGCGCCUUCCCCAGCUCCCUAGGAACAAGUGUUUGGUGUCCGGCCUCAGAGAACCGCUGAGCGAAUUUAUGACAUCGGGAGCUUACCCUGAACUGAGACCCGGCACUCUGCAGCGGGAAGACCUCUUUUCCAGGGGCACGCGAGAACCCACGGCUCCUUACAGGCAAACCAGCGCCCUGAAUCGCGUCAGCCAUCCUUUUUGCCCCGAUAACAGACUGCCGGACGAGGCGGGACCCAUGAACGGAGCUCAGCCGUUCCCCGUACCUCAGCAGCAGCUCCAGCGCAGCGGCUUUUUCCAACAGCCCCGUGCGGCCCCAGCCCCUGCCUCCUUGUUUUUCGGGAACGGCCCGUACUGGUCCCAGACUCAGGGGAAGGGCUUGCCCCCGAUCCACUCCCGGACCAACCUCAUGGACGCUGAGCUUCUGGACGCCGAUUCUGAUUUCUAGGAUUCGGGAAGGGAAUUUUGGGGUUGUAGGUCAGCCGUGAUUUUUAUUGGGGGGGGGUCAAAAGGCA